CUUUUCUUUUUUCUUUUUCUUUUUCUGCUUUGUGAUUUUUUCUGCUUUCUGAUGGCACACUGUCAUUGAAAUUUUUGUUCAUGUUGAACCCCAAAUGUGACCAAAAGUCUGCAGAAAAUCUCCCCCAUUUUCAAUUAAACUUAAUUAACCUGCCUUGUCUUCUUCAUCUCCAUGAGUCACUCUCACAUUUCCUCCAUUAUACUAAAAGAUUACUCCUUUGUCUUCUUGAUCCUCCAUUAUUCCCCAAAACGGUGAUUACUCCGAAAAAUCAAAAGCUUUGAACUUUCUCGUUUACUCUUUCCUUCUCCGUGUACCCUAUAAACCCAAAACAAGAACACACAUAGGACCUACAGCUACCCAUCUCUCCAAGAAACCCCAAAGAUUCCCCAUUCCCCCAUAUCUCAGACCUCAAAAAACAACACCACCCACCACUAAAGUCCUCACCUUUUCUCAUCUCCACCGCCACCCACGACAAAUCCCACCCCACCCAGUUGCUCAAACCCUAAAUCCGACCCGAAUUUGACCUGGGUUCUCGCCCACAUUCCCACACAAGAUGACCCAGCUCAAGCAAAUGUCUCAUCUUGACAAUGGCCCCCCAACUCCAGGCAAGUUCAAGCCCUACAUUCACAGAGUCCGAUGGCACAGCUCCCUCGCCAAGCUCACAUUGUGGUCCUUCGUCUUCUUGGCCCUGAUCUUGCUCUUCUUUUUCCGGUCGCCGUCGUCCAAUUCCCUCCCCUCCGAUCCAUCCCGCCGCUCCCUCAGAACCUACAACUGGGGCGGACCCGCCUGGGAGAAACGGGUCCGGUCCUCCGCCCGGGUCCGGUCCAGAAACGGCAUGUCGGUGCUCGUCACCGGCGCCGCCGGGUUCGUCGGCACCCACGUCUCCGCCGCCCUCAAGCGCCGAGGGGACGGCGUUUUGGGGCUCGACAGCUUCAAUGACUACUACGACCCGUCGUUGAAGAGAGCGAGGCAGGCGCUUUUGGAGCGCAGUGGGGUGUUCAUUGUGGGGGACAUAAACGACUCGGCGUUGCUGAGCAAGCUUUUUGAGGUGGUGGCGUUUACCCAUGUCAUGCAUUUGGCUGCUCAAGCUGGUGUCAGGUAUGCCAUGGAGAACCCUGGUUCAUAUGUUCAUAGUAAUAUAGCUGGUCUUGUUAAUCUGCUUGAAGUUUGUAAGAAUGCAAAUCCACAACCUGCAAUUGUUUGGGCUAGCUCUAGUUCUGUCUAUGGACUUAAUACUAAGGUACCCUUUUCGGAGAGAGACCGCACUGAUCAGCCUGCUAGUUUGUAUGCUGCUACUAAGAAAGCCGGUGAAGAGAUUGCGCAUACUUAUAAUCAUAUCUAUGGUCUUUCGCUUACCGGCUUGAGGUUCUUUACAGUUUAUGGUCCUUGGGGGCCUGAUAUGGCUUACUUCUUUUUCACGAGGGAUAUACUGAAGGGGAAGACUAUUCCCAUUUUUGAAGCGGCUAAUCAUGGCACGGUUGCUAGGGAUUUUACCUACAUUGAUGAUAUUGUGAAAGGAUGCUUGGCGUCGUUGGACACUGCAGAGAAGAGUACUGGGAGUGGGGGGAAGAAGAAAGGUCCUGCCCAGUUGAGGGUUUUCAAUUUGGGGAAUACGUCUCCUGUGCCAGUUUCGGAUCUUGUUACCAUUUUGGAGAGGCUUUUGAAGGUCAAGGCCAAGAGGAACAUAUUGAAGUUGCCACGUAAUGGGGAUGUUCAGUUUACUCACGCAAAUAUCAGCUCCGCGCAGAGGGAACUUGGGUAUAAGCCCACAACCGAUCUGCAGACGGGGUUGAAGAAAUUCGUUAGGUGGUACCUGACUUACUAUUCUGGUGGGAAGAAGGCUGCUGGCUGAAAAAUUCUUUUGAUUGUGUGGUAGAUCCUUUGAAUUCUUGUUCAUUAUAAUUCUUAUGAUUGUUUUAACAUUUCUGUCAUUGCCCCAAGUAUCGUUUUUCCAUAUAUCUUAAUGAGUAAUGCCAUAUUGGGAGGAAACCUUGUGAACUACAUUGAAGAAGUUUUGUGGUUGGGGAACAUUGUUUUCUGAGCACUCCCGUUCUGUAUCAAGAGAAAACGAGGAUCGUCUCUUUCUUUUCUUGGAAUGUAAUUGUUGUAUCUUCGGCAUUGUAGAAUUCAUGACUGAUAGAGCAUAUGCUAAUUGGUGGACAUUUAUCAUUGCUAUGCAAUUCAAUAAAAUAGCACACGAGAGUAUGGUUAUUCGUAUUUACUACUAUAUGAUAUAAA